AUGGAAAAUUUCGACUGGAAAACCACAAUCAAAAUAAAUCUGUUCGUCUUGAGAACCGUAGGACUCUGGCCCAAAGAUAACGAAUUGUACAAACCGGACUUCUACACAGUUUACGCCUCUUUAGCAGCAAUUGUAAUAAUAGGUGGCCACAAUUUAUUCCAACUAAUCAACAUCUUAUACGUCUACAACGACAUAAAAGCUCUAACAAGAAUAAUAUUCGUAGCGACGACGAAUUUCCUGGCAGCUACGAAAAUGUACUUUUUUGUGCGAAAUCUGAAAAUGGUUAAACAGUUGUUUGUAAGAUUAAAUAGUGAACAGUUCCGGCCUAAAACCUUUGAACAGUUGAAACUUGUGGAGCCUACUUUAAAAGGUUGGAAAACAAUUUACGGUGUAUAUGUUACAAUUGUAUGCAGUAUUGUGUUCAUGUGGUCUAUUAACCCAUUUUUGACUGGUGGAGUCCAACAAUACGAACUACCAUUUGAUGCUUGGUAUCCAGUUCAAAUUACAGUGUCGCCAAAUUAUGAAAUUCUUUACGCCUAUCAGCUUGUGUGUAUUUGGCCUAUUAGUAUGGGUAACAUCAAUCUGGACAGUUUAAUUUUUGCUGUUAUGAUGUACAUUAGAACACAGUGCGAUAUUUUGUGUGACGACCUGAGAAAGCUCGAAGAUAAUGAAGCUUUUAAUAGAAAAUUAAUUAGUUGUAUUAGACACCACAAAGCCAUUUUACGUUUUGCUCAAGACAGCAACAAUUUUUUCAGCGUGAUAGCAUUAGGACAAAUGGCUACAAGCACGGCAGUUCUUGCUUUAACAAUGUUCCAGUUAACAUUCGUUAAUCCUGUCAGCGGUGAAGGUUUGGGUCAUCUUUUGUAUAUUACGGGAAUUACAGCCCAGAUUCUUCUAUACUGUUGGUUUGGAAAUAAAGUAGAACUUAAAAGUAGUCAAAUUAUUUACGCCUUGUAUGAGUCGAAAUGGUUUCAGCAACCGCCACCAGUUAAGAAAAAUUUUCUGAUUUUAAGCAUCAGGUGUCAAAGGCCUAUUAAACUGACAGCAAUUAAUUUGUUCACUCUUUCGUUAGACACUUUUAUCAAGAUUCUGCGAUCUGCUUGGUCGUAUUUUGCCGUCUUAUCAAGUGUAAAUAAGUAA